GGUUCAACCAUGAAUGAAGACGAACCUAAAAAGGGCGAUGAGGAAAUCACCCUCAAACCAAAAAUGACCCUUAUCAAUGGGAUCACGGUUAUUGUGGGAAGCAUAAUCGGUUCGGGUAUUUUUGUCAGUCCAUCGGGAGUGUUAAAAAAUACGGGAAGUGUUAACGUUUCCUUGAUAGUGUGGACUGCUUCAGGAAUAUUUUCUAUGGUGGGAGCGUAUUGUUAUGCAGAACUGGGUACCAUGAUAAGAAAAAGUGGUGCCGAUUACGCCUACAUCAUGGAAACUUUCGGACCAUUCUGGGCAUUUAUAAGAUUAUGGAUCGAAUGUAUGAUAGUAAGGCCUUGCUCACAAGCUAUAGUAGCUUUAACGUUCAGUCAAUAUGUCAUGAAACCAUUUUUUCCUGAAUGUGAACCCCCAGACGGCGCAGCAAGACUAUUGGCAGUUUGUUGUAUUUGCGUUUUAACGUUUAUAAAUUGUUAUGAUGUGAAAUGGGCAACGACAGUUCAAGAUAUUUUUACUUAUGCCAAAUUAGUAGCCCUAUUUAUAAUUAUUGGAGCUGGAGUGUAUGAAUUAACAAAAGGAAAAACGGAGCACUUCACGUUCAUGAAUACCAAUCACGAAAUAACGUCACUGGCUCUAUCUUUUUACUCAGGGCUUUUUGCUUAUAAUGGUUGGAAUUAUUUGAAUUUCAUUAUUGAAGAGUUAAAAGAUCCUGUUAGGAAUUUACCGUUGGCGAUAGCGAUUUCCUGUACUUUAGUUACUGCUGUUUACGUUCUAACAAACGUGGCAUUUUACACAACCCUAUCACCAAUUGAAAUACUAGGUUCCAAGGCGGUGGCUGUGACAUUCGCGAAUAGACUUUUCGGUCCUUUAGCUUGGACUAUUCCCGUUUUUGUAGCUCUUUCAACAUUCGGAGCAGUCAACGGAAUUUUAUUAACAUCCUCAAGAUUAUUUUACGCGGGAGCAUGUAACGGUCAAAUGCCCGAACUACUCACAAUGAUUCAGUCCCAGAAGUUAACUCCCACACCAUCUGUACUCGUAAUGGCCAUUCUGUCUUUACUUUAUUUAACUGUAUCAGAUAUAGACGCACUCAUAAACUACGUAGGCUUCGCCACGUGGUUGAGCAUUGGAGCAGCAGUUCUUUGUUUACCAUGGCUCCGAUGGAAACAACCAGAUCUCAAUAGACCAAUAAAAGUGAAUCUUAUUUGGCCCAUUCUCUAUCUUGCUUGUACAAUUUUUGUAACGGCAGUACCGAUGGCGGCUAGCCCAUACGAAACUGGAAUGGGUCUCCUAAUGAUAUUAUCAUCGAUUCCAGUUUACUUCGUUUUCGUUUAUUGGCGCAAACCCGAUUGGUUCAAAAAGAAAUCAAACGACGUUACCAUCUUUUUGCAAAAAAUAUUCGUGGUGGUGACCUGGUUUAACAGAAUGGUUGAAGAAAACAGCAAGCUCACCAUUGAUACUUUGUCUACGGAAGAAGGAGAAGGAAAAUAUAGUGAGUUACAUAAAAGUACAAAGACUCAACUGGGCUGGGCAUAUAAUGGAAAGAAAACCAACUGAAAUGAUCAAAAGAAUAACGCAAUGGAUCCCAUUGUGGCCAAGGAGAAGAGGCAAGCCAAGAAAGACUUGGUUAGGUUAGGUUACACUUAGAGAAACGAAAUAGACAAGGACAUAAGAGAACUUAAUAUAGAGAAAUGGAGAGCAAAAUGCCGGAACCAAAAGUAAUUGAAAAUAAUAACAAAAGCAGCCAAGACAAACGGUAAACUAUAAAGAAAAAAAAACGAGGAGUAAUCCACCGAAAAUGAUUCAUCGCAGCUAAUAAUGGGAAGUCAAUAAACUAUAGAAAGAAUGCAAAAUUAAGAAAACUGCAAUUUUACAGAAACGGCAUCUAUUAUUGAAUUGAAUAUUGAACUAGAUAUUAACGUUUUGAAUUAGACAGCUGUUAACAUCUAUUUCAAGUAGAUUUUUCGCUACAUUUCGUGUAAUUAUUUUAAUAAAAUAUAUUGGUAACUCUCCAAUACCCAAAAUGAGUACAGAUGUAGUUAUUUAUAGUUUUUUAUAAUGUGGUGACUGUAAAUAAAGUUAUUGUAAUAAUAUAUAUGUAUACUACAAUCACUUAAGUUAUAUAACAUAAUUUACUAUCAACUUUGCAAGUUAAAAGCCUAAACUGCAAAUUUCUAAUGUCAGUUUGAUGAAUGAAUGAUUGUGAUAUAUCGAACGUAUUGUUGAAAUUUUAUAAAAGGUAUAUAGACAUAUCUAAUUGAUCAAAAUUGUUUUUUUUUAUUUGUUUUAGUAGUGAUUGUUGCCUUAUUGUUAUAACUGCCAAAUCUAUUUGGAUUUUUUAAAAGAAAAUUUCCCAAAAUUCUCUAUAUUUUACAGAUUUAACACAUUUAUGAAUCGUAAAUAUAAAAGAGAGGUUAAUAAAAAUUUCUUACAUACGAGAUUCCAGAAGUACCUUGCCCAACAAAGAAAACACAAAAAUGUUGGACAUAAAUAUAUUUAUUUCUCAAUGUAAUCUCCUUGUAGCUCCAUACAUUUUUCUCAGCGAUGUUCAAUAAGUUCAAUUCAAGUUCAAUCUUUGACCACCGAGUCAUUUUUUCAAGUCUGGGAACAGAAAAUGAUCCGAGAGGGCUAAAUCUGACAAAUAGGGUGCAUAAGGUAGCAAGUCAAACUUAAAUUCAUUAAUUUUGGCCAUUGCCAUAAUGGAUGUGCCAGCUGGUGCAUUAUCUUGAUGAAACAACAAUUCCUUCUUGGUCAAAUACGGCCGCUUUUGCUUGAUUUCUUCGCUUAAACGUUGCAAUAAGUUCGCAUAAUACUCGCCAUGACUUUGCCUACAGAUGAAACGGUCAUUGUCUUCUUUGGAGCCAGUUCUCCCUUUUUCUGUCCAUUGUUUUGAUUGUUUUUUUGUUUCGGGUGGGAAGUGAUGGAGCUCCGUUUCGUCCAUGGUUUAAUUUCUGUAAAACAUUUCCAAACACUCGAUAAAAACAUCUUAUUGACGCUGUUUUUGUUUCAUUGUGAGCAAACGGGCACCCAUCUUGCCAAAUUCUCAGUUAAUUUACCAUACUUUUUGAAAUGCUUACUAUGUCUGCCAGCUCGCGCACUUUCAGUCUACGAUCAUCCAGUACCGCUUUGUGGUAUUUCUUCAACAUUUCUGGAGUUGUCACCUCAUUCUAUCGACCAUUGCUGAUGCUAGUCUUCGCAGGUCGUAGGGUCUUGUUUAAACUCUGUUACCCAAUAUUCUACUAUUGAUAAGGAAGAAGAAGUCUCACCCAGAGUAAAAUCUAGUUCAGCUUUUAUAUUGGUUGGGCUAAAGCCUUUCAAAUAAAAGUAUUGUAUCAGAUAACGAUGAUAACGUUCACUAUUGAUGGCUGCCAAACAAAUACUAAACAACUCGGCGUCUUCAAACUCGAAACAUAUGCUGUAUAGAUUGUGUACUUUCUACAGUGGUAUUUUUCACGCAGCUACCGCCAUCUCUAGGUCAGUCCAGGUACUUCUGGGACCCUCGUAAUUUUAGUAUACAUAACUUAACAUUUUAAAAGUAAAGGAAAGUUUUUUUGAAUCACUAAUUCAAAAACAUAUACGUAUAUUAUAAAAAAAAUACGAGGUUUGUGUCCUUAAAAAGAUACAGAGUAGAAUAAUAGUAGACGAGAUGAAGCAACCGAGGAGAAUAGCAAGGAGAAUGAGGAUGGAUAGGAAAAGAAAUGAUGUAAUUUCAGAGAAGCUCAAACAAGAACCGACAGGAAACCAAAUAGUUUUGAGAUGAUUAAACUGGUACGGACACAUAGAGACGAGAACACCACAAAGCCUAAUAAGAAAAGGGAUAGAAGCAAAAAGAUAUGAAAAAAGGAAAACCCAGGAAAACUAGACAAGUAGCUCAGGAAGGGGGAAGACAAGGAAAAGCAAAAGUAGAUGAAUUAAUUAGCAGAGGAUCGGAAAAAGUGGAAAAAAUGUAUGAAAGGAGGAGAAUGAAAAAUAAAAUCUCGAUAAUCUGACGCUGGAAAGAGCAUAGAGAAUUCUAGAGAAGUAGUGUGGAAAGUUGCCUACCUAACAAAAAAACAAAUUAUUUUUUAUUCAUAAUAAUUUUUAUUAUUCUAUUACUAGUUAUUUGAAUAUGAAUAUCUAAAUUAAUGUGAUUGCCUACUCAGCGAUAUAUACUCACCUGCAGAAACAAUAAGUUCCUAGUGAUGAAAUACGUUGACCUUUAUUUCAGUGAAGGACACAUUUUACGAUAAUAGAUCAGUGCUAAAGCCUUUGAAAAUGGUAGGAAAUGAAAGAAAAGGGUAGUAGGAUGGAAUCUAAUGGAAAACGAAAAAUUUUUAUGGUGAAAAGUAAGUUAAAACUGCUCCUCAAUGACCAGCAUCCAUAGGAAUGGUGACAGAUUUGUCCAGAUUGUGAAAAACAUUUUUUCGGGAGUCAAAUUUUAAAACGGACAAUCUCAAGUAUAACGUAUGACUACGAUCCACGGUUUAACAGCAAAAAUUAAGAAAUUUUCUCAGUAACUAUGAUGAAAAGUAAGUUAAAAUCACUGCUCAAUGGCCAGAAUCCAGAAGAAGACAUUUUUGGAGUCACUGUUUGAAACAGAAAAUUUCCAGUACAAAGUAUGACUGUGGUUCAGUGUUUAACAGUAAAAAGCUCAAACUUUCUCAGAAACUUUGGUGUAUAGCAAGGGAAAAUCAGAAGUUUACUGCCUAGAAUCAAACAGAUUUGAUAAAAUUGUGAAAAAGACACUUCUGAAAUAACGUUUUUAAAAAACAAUUUCAAAUAUGGAGUAUAACGACGAUCCACCGUUCAACAGUGAAAACUAUGGUGAAAAGUAAGUCAGAAAUAAUGACUUCCUAGUGAUAAAAUACGUUGACCUUUAUUUCAGUGAAGGACACAUUUUACUAUAAUAGAUCAGUGCGAAAGCCUUUGAAAAUGGUAGGAAAUGGAAGAAAAGGAUAGUAGGAUGAAAUCUAUUGGAAAAAGAAGAAUUUUUAUGGUGAAAAGUAAGUCAGAAAUAAUGACUUACUAGUGAUAAAAUACAUUGUCCUUUAUUUCAGUGAAGGACACAUUUCACUAUAAUAGAUCAGUGCUAAAGCUAUAAGAAAAAUGGAAUGAAAAAUAAUUUACGAGCGAUCUGAGUUUGAGAAAGGGGACGGGGAGAGUUUUUGAGUGUAAAAAACGGUUUAAAUGUUUGUUACGAACAUAUUUUAAUUAUUAUUGAAUGUAUCUUCUAAAAAAUGGUUCCAAAGUGUAAGGAAACGUCAAGAUUCAAUAAAAUAUUAACCAACGAAUUUAUUAGAAAUAUACCCUAUUAAAAACUGCAGUAUUAUUUACUCAAGUAUUGAUUAUAAAUUAAAUUACCAAAAAUUGUUUGUAUAAAUGAAUGGAUUGUUUAAUAAAUUACUUAUUGUUUAUAAAAGUUAUCUAAUUAUUUUGAUUAUAUAAAAGAUUAUAUAUUAUUUUUUUAUAUUUUCCUUGUAUUAUAUGAAAAUCUUAUGCUUACUCAUAUCGACAAUAAAUGUGUAUUGUUUAUAGCUUGUAUAGUUUAUGUACUAUAAAAAAACCAAAGAAAGAAUAUCUCUUUGUUGGAUAAUAAUAAAUAAUAUAACCGAGAA